GCGGCUGGUUAAAGUCAGUGCGGAGUUGUGGCGCGCGCGCACACACACACACACACACACGCUAUGGCGCUGCCGUGGCCUCUGUUGCUGGAGCUGAUGCUGUAUGGCAGCUGUUUUAUCUGUGGGAUCAUCACAGCCGCAUCUGUUACAAUCUCACAGGGAAGUUUUGCUGGGAAGUGUAUGCUGUACGGUUCAGUGCGUCUGAACAACACAUCCAUCAGUGUACUUACAUCCAGUUCUCCCUCUCUCUGUUACUUUGUGUCAGCCAUCUCAGUGUGUGUGGCUGUCUUCUGCUUUUCAGUCACUCUCUACUGGGUCUACAUCGCCUGUUUUGAGGGAGAGGUGAAAAGGGAGAAAUUAUGGAUGAACGUUACUCUUGGCUUGUCUGGAGUCUUCCUCUUCUUCCUCUUGGUGACGGGAUGCAUCCUGAAAAUCGGCCGAGACAGACUGUGUGACUCUUUGCUUAAUACACUGACCCCCAAUAUAACAAAGUGUGAAGAAGCGCAAGAUAAGUCUUGGUUGAGCCCGAUCAGCGGGAGCCAGUUCUACUCCAGACUGCACAGUGCAGAGAUCGCAGUAUGGGUGAAUUUCUUCUUUUGGAUGAUAAUAGCAGGUCUGGUCCUGUUCCAGCGCAACAAAGGGUCAGAAACCCUGUCAGGAGGAGAGGGUCCAUCAGUGACCACUUCUGAAACUGAGCCCUUCUUCAACCGCCCAGGACGUCCUUAGUGUCGCCCCACACUAAAGCAGUCUAUGUGU